UUCCGCACUUCAAAAUUGUAAAAGUCUAUAUUUUCAUCAAGAGUAAAUUUUAACCUCCAUAAAAAAUUGAUAAAUAAAAUAUGGAUGAUCAGCGAAAAAGUAUACUGGAUACAUUAUACGAUUAUGUAAAUCAUGGUGUUGAGUGGGGACUAAACCAGGUAAAAAAUCCGUGCCCCCCUAGAAAAAAAUAUGGUCAGAGGAAUGAAGUGCCUCCGCCAGAGACAGAAUUAAAGGAAAAAAUUGAUGUUGAAGUAGAAUUAGAUACAAAAGUUCAGGCGGGUAUAGGAGAUGAUUCAAAUAUCCAAAAUGAGUUCAGUCCAAAAUAUAGUCCUUGUCACCCUAAUGGGCCGUAUAUUCAUCCUGAUCAGAUUUGCCCAGAUUAUAACGUACCAGCUUGUUGCUUUAUUCCAAUGCAGGAUCCUUGUAGGAUUUGUUGCUGUGAAACAAAUGAGAAAGAAGAAGAGCCUUGUCCACCUAAAAAGAGUCAUCUUGAUGAGCCACGCAAACCUACCUGUAGCUGUGAUUUCUGCAAAAAAAAUCAAGUUCAUGGCAAGUGUUGCCCAGAGGCGGAAAACAUUUUCGGAGAAGAAAAUAAUGGGGGCCGCCUAGAGAGGGCUUGAGAGAUGGAGUGCACUUUUCUUACAUCAGAUAAAAAAUUAGACUCACCUCGAUGAUCUUUCUUGGUAAAGAAACGUAUACGUACUUUAUAACACAGCAGAAUACC